CGCCGCCGCUUCCGCCCGGAGCCUGGGCUGUGUGCGCGCAUUGGCAGGAGGGGAAGGGGCUGCUGGCCGAGGAGGAGGAAGGGGAGGAGGGGGCGGCUUCUCCCGCGUGCUCCCCAUCCCGGCGAGGGGGGCGCGCCCUCGGCCUCGGAGCCUCCCGCCGCUCCCCACGCGGGAAAGGAGGAGGGGAAGAAGGGGCGCCUCAAAUCCCCGAAGCCUCCCCCAGCCGCAUGGGUUGGAGACGCUGCACAGAAGCCCCUCGGCUGGGGGAAAGGAAGGGGAAAAGGCAGGCAGGCAGGCGCGUCGCAUCCCUCCUCCUGCUGCCGCCCCUGGACCAAGCGCUGCCCCCUCCCGCCUUGAGGCGCCUUCGGGUUUGACUGAGGCUGGCGAGGGGAAAGGGAAGGAGGGAAGGAAGGAAAGAAGGGGGCGACCCUUUCCUUUCUCCCCUUUCGCGGGAGAGGGGAGGGAGGGGAUCGGGGCGUCAACAAAGGCGACAGAGGUGCCGCUGCCGCUUCCCUGGGCCGCAUCCAGACGGGCAGGCAAAGGCGGAGAGAUCAACAGCCGGGCGCCGCUCCGCACCUCACCUGGAAGACUGUGUCCAGUUCUUGGCAUCACAAUUUAAGAGGAAUAUUGACAAGUUAGAAAGUUUCCAGAGAAGGGCAACCAAAAGGAUCAAAGGUUUGGAAAGCAAGCCCUAUGAGGAAUGGCUUAAGGCAGCUGGGCCCAACUUCCAGACUGAAGUUGAUCUCUCCAACCUGAUGCAUCAUCAUACAUUAUGGUUCAUGUCAGCUCAUUCAGAAAAUGUAUAUACGUUCUCCUGGCAUUUAUUUUGGUUUUGACUAUUUGUUUGUGGAAGGAAACCCGGAAGGGUGUCAUUUUUUCUCUAAGGUUAGAAGGACGAUCUGACCACAUACCGUGGAAGAUGUGGCGAUGGGGCACCUCAAAAGAAGAACCAGUCCAAGAAGUAGCUGUCAUUGCCACCGGCAAGGUCCCUUUGUUAUCAAACACUGAAGUUAACCUCUCUACAAAAGUGACAAGAAGCAAUUUAAUUAUCAAAGUAUGGAACAAAGACAGUACAUCCCAAAGCCUCCAUCCCAGAUUGCAGAAGGCAAGGCAAACCUAUUUGAAAAUUAACAAGUAUAAGGUGAAUUAUUCUGGACCGAAGCAUGCUCAUAAACUCAGACCUAAGGAACUGUUAUGUCAGCUUCGAAAUCGGCUGGAUUUCAGGAUGAUAACUGCUACAGAUAGUCCCUUCGAUAUAUCAGAAUGGGAGCCAUAUGUGCCAAAGGGAAACAUCAGCAUAAAACUGGGCCGAUGUGCUGUUGUGUCUUCAGCAGGAUCCAUGAAGUCAUCCCAUUUGGGGGAAGAUAUAGAUAGUCAUGAUGCUGUGCUGCGGUUUAAUGGGGCCCCUAUCAAAGGAUUUCAGGCUGAUGUAGGAGAGAAAACCACAAUUCGCCUUGUAAAUUCCCAGCUUAUUACUGUUGAAGAAAAAAAGUUUCUUGCAGACCCACAGUAUAACUUUGGAACCUUAAUUUUAUGGGAUCCAGCACCUUAUCACUCAAGUAUUAAAGAGUGGUAUAAAAAACCAGACUACAAUUUUUAUGGAAGUUUCAAGCACUAUAGGAAAAAGUAUCCAAAACAACCCUUUUAUAUCCUGAAUCCGCACAUGCAGUGGCAGCUCUGGGAUAUCCUUCAAGAAAACUCCCCUGAAGAUAUUCAGCCAAAUCCACCAUCUUCAGGAAUGCUUGGUAUUGUCCUCAUGAUGAAUUUCUGUGACGAAGUGGAUGUUUAUGAAUAUCUCCCUUCCAAAAGGCAAACAAACAUUUGUCAUUAUUACCAGAAGAUCUUUGACCAAGCUUGCACUAUGGGUGCCUAUCACCCACUCCUCUUUGAGAAAAAUAUAAUCAAGCAUCUUAAUAUAGGCAAAGAUGAAGACAUUUACAAUUAUGGGAAAGCGACUCUUCCUGGCCUAAGGAAUGUACAGUGUUAGAAACAUAAUUCUCACAUUCUUCAGUCAAAAGGCACUUUUUAAAAACAUUUUUAAAUAUGUAUGAAGGACCAGCCAACAAAUGGGCUGAUGCUUGACAGUGAACAACGCCUUAAUUCAUGACUGCAAAAUACAUCAAAGAUGUAGAAAAUUUAAUCUCACCUUCAUGAUUGUAGCCAUAGAGCAAAUAACAUUACCUCCGGUGCAGAACGUGGUUCUCAGAGGUGCGUAGAAUAAUGCUUCUAUUUGCAGUCUUUAAAAAAGCCGCUAAUAUAUUUAGGCAACUUCUGCUUUAAUGUGGAAAGUUGGACUUAACAGCGUUGAGAAGCAAAAUAAUUUUCCAUUCCUCUGUCACCAAAUAUGCCAGCAACAUCUACAAUCAAGAUUGAAGAUCAGCCUUCGGGAUGGUAUCUUACAACGUGAAAUUUAUUUUAACAUAGUUUUUAAAAAUUACUAAUAUUACUUCCAUGAAUACUCAAUCAUGUGUUGCCAUUUUUGAUUCUGCUCAUGGAGAAAAGAAGGACACAGAAUCAAUCAGUCAAUCAACCAAGAAAUCAGUUCAUGAAAUUUCAACCAAAAAUGAUGACUUUUCUGAAUGUACAGUUAAGUAUUUCAAAAAAUGGAAUUCCAGUGAGAAAAGUUAUGGUAAUCCCAUAAAGCUUAAAACUAACAAACCUGCUUUUUGGUUGUAUGUCAUCUCAACUCUGGUUGUUUCUUGAUAUUCCUAUGUUUCUAACUACUGUAGAAGUUAACUCUUACCACAUGUGGAUUUGAGAUACAACAUCAUUUAAAAGCCCAUAAUACUGUUAAAAGUGUAAAUUUCCCAUAAAGUUUUAAGUUGGGAAAUGCUUAUCCCUUUCCCUUGUAUGGAAAAAAAUUGAAAAUGAAUGUGAUAUCCUUUACAGCAUGGAGUGAGAACCUAUGUUUGGCAUAAAAUUAUACUGUUUGGUAUCUUAAAAGUACAGGUUAGUUGUAACAAACUGAAUUCCCUGUUUAAAAUGAUUAAAUAUUUGUUACAAAUUGAGCUUACAAUGAGCAGGCAAUAGCAAUGAAAACAAAACCAGCUACCAACAAUAGUGAAACAGAAAAAUACGUUGUCUCCUCUAGUCUUCCAUAGGGUCAAAGGCAUAAAGCGUUAAUUCCCAUAAAACAGAAGCAGCAAGAUAAUAGCAAGACCAGGAAUUGUAACCAUCAGUUACUAGAUAUUGUUUUAUCUAAAAGUCUUCCUGUGAUAGUAUUUUUUAGAAAUAGUUUUGUGGUACUAAAUAUAGGAACACUUUGUCUUAAACUUUUAAAUCAACAUUCUAAAAAAAAUACCAUAAAAUCUCUUUUUCUUUUUUUUUUCUUCCAAUUUUCAGUUUUCAAAUUUUUAGAGGAAAACAUAUUUUCGGGGGGGGGGGGGGAGUUCCCCAGUUUGUUUCCCAUCUGAAAUGUCACAUUGGCAUAUGAAAUAGAUACUUUCCCAACUGCCACUGCCUUGGCCUCAAAGGGCAAGAAGAGGCAGGCACAAGCUCCAUCAUGCUAUGGCCCAACAGCAAAUGAAAGGAGAUAGAUAGAUAGAUAGAUAGAUAGAUAGAUAGAUAGAUAGAUAGAUAGAUAGAUAGAUAAAAGAGUGAUGGCAUCACGGCGACCCACAAAACAACAAAACUACAGGCCUCCCAACCUCGAAAUUUGACAACACAACCCAUCAUCCACGCCUCUAGGUUGAUACAACAAAAAGAAAACAAAAAUAAAGUCCUAAUUAGAGAGAGAGGAAUAAUUACUUUUAUCCAAUUGCUGCCAGUUAGAAGGCUAAGCUCCUCCAACUUGGUCUCCUAGCAACCCAAUAAAAAAUAAUAAAAAACACUAAAAAAUAAUUAAAAACAAGAAAAAAUUAAUACAAUAAAAUACUAUAAUAACAGAAAAUAACUAAAAAUAAUACAAGAAAAUAAUAAAAUAUAAUAUUUAAAAAGAUAACUUACAAUAAAAUUAAUUAAAAAAUACAAAUAAUGUCAAAUAAAAAUUACACAACAAUUUUUAACCAAUACCACCACCACUUUGCCACAGCAACGCGUGGCAGGGCACAGCUAGUAUAUAUAUAUAAACUGGUAAAGUUCUGUCUUUUAUUAGAACUGUUCCCCUUUGUUAGGUUAAGUUUAAGAUUUGACUGUUUUUAUUUCAGCAUUGUUUGUAUUCUGCAUACAUCUACAUUUCUUUAUUCACCUUUUAUUUACAAUUACGCGGAGGUUCUUUUAGUGGAAGGUUUUUGUUUGUAAUGAAGCAGAGCCUAAUGUCCCCAUUACUACCACCUACAGAGAAGGGGUUGCAACCUAAGUGCAAAAGUAGUAUGGGGACAUCUGGCCACUUAAAAUGAUUUUGUAUCUCCAAAUGAUCUUUAUCCAAUUAUAGUAAAGGAGUCUACAGGUGUAACCUUGUAGUUUCUGUUUAACCUUUGCAAAUUCUUGGAGAAUAAAUGUGAUCCCAGCAGAUGAGAAAGGCCAAUGUUAUCAUAUCUUUAAAAAGGAAGGAACAUUGAAUCUGGGUGACUGGACCAGUUGUCUUGAAGCGUAUCCCAGCCAAGGUGUUCAAUUUCUUUCUAAAUUAUUUGGAUGGGUAGAUAGAAGACAACCACAUCAAAUAUGCAGAUGAUAGCAAACUGGGGGGUGUAGUUAAAGGCUUAGAAGAGACCUCAGGAUAAUCUUGGACUGAACCAAAACUAAACAAAUUGGCCAAAACCAAACUUAGUUAGAAAUGUAAAUUUUAGCUUGGUAAGUGCUACAAAUGAGUUAAUAAUGCAACGUGGCAGAAAAAGACUAAUGUGUUUCUAAUCUGCAGCUACAGAAGUUGAGUGUCCUGAUUGAUGUAAAUAAUGGUUCUUAAAAAGGCUGUUUCAAGACUAAUACAGUAGAGUUUCACUUAUCCAACAUUUGCUUAUCCAAAAUUCUGGAUUAUCCAAUGCAGUGUGCCUUUUAGUAGUCAAUGUUUUUGUAGUCAAUGUUCUCAAUACAUUGUGAUGUUUUGGUGCCAACUUCGUAAAUGCAGUAAUUUCUACAUAACGUUACCAUGUACUGAACUGCUUUUUUCUGUCAAUUUGUUGUAAAACAUGAUCUAUUGUUGCUUAAUUUGUAAAAUCAUAACGUAAUUUGAUGUUUAAUAGGCUUUUCCUUAAUCUCUCAUUAUCCAACAUUUUUGCUUAUCCAACGUUCUACCAGCCCGUUUAUAUUGGAUAAGUGAGACUCUACUGUACUGAUCAACACUACCUAUGAUGGUCACCAGUUAAAAUGUUGUUCAUUUUUUCCAUAUAUCAGGGGGUCUAAUUAGAAAGGACUACAAAUGUGACACUUUGCCAUCCUAAAAACAUUGGAAUUAAUCAGAAGCUAAGCAGGGUUGACUAUGAUUAGUGUAUGGAUGGCAGACCACCCAGAGAAAGCAAUGAUCUCUGAGACAGUCAAAGAUUCUUGAAUGAAAACUCUGUAAAGAACUGAUUCCAGAAUUGAGAACAGUUGGCAAGAUAGAGCAAUUCUAUGACUCAGUGUUUGGCAGCUUCCUAUGCUCCUCUGUUUCUAUAAACUGAGGGUAUUUGUAGAUGCAGCACAUUUAUAUUAAUGAUAGCAUACAAACAGGAAAUCACAUUUCUUGAGAUAAGGCAUAAUGUACCAAAAAUCAGGAAAGUGAAUUUUGAAAUUGUAUUGAGUAAAUGAGAAAUACCCUCAAUCCUGGAUUUAAGCAUGAGAUCAAUUUGGUUCUUACAUACAAGACUUCUAUCAUGCAAAAAUAAAAACCCUUCCAAAAUACUCUUUCAGUCCCUAAUUUUCUACAAGCUCUCUAGUUAAAGCUUAUUAUAUUACCUACUAUCUAGCAGUUUGACCUAAAGAGUGAGAUAAAAGCAAUUUAAUCCAAGUGCUGGGUUCCUGAAGAAACUGAAGGUGGAGGAGGAUUGAGCCAGGAAAAUUCAGAUAGAACAAUUAAUCAUGAAGUCUAGGAUCACCAGGUAGAAAUGUCAGUCGUGAUAAAAUGUGUUCUUGUGGGCAAGAACAAAUUAUUUUCCCAUGUUUUCCUUUCUCAAAGAAAGUAGAAAACUGGUUUUUCAAAAACAAUUGACCAUUUGGAAACUUCAGAGGACAACGUAAGGCUGCCCAACUGGUAGCCAUUGCGUGAACAGAAUGUUGGACUAGAGAGAACAUCGAUCUGAUCCAACGUGACCUUUCUUAUGUUCUUAUUCUUCACAUAUCAUCCCCAAUAAUAGGCUUACCCCAUGCAGCUCUCAGAUCUUCUUUCAACAUACCGUACAAAGCUGGGGGGCAUCUAACACCCACCAGUAGCAGGAUUAGAAGCCUUGCUAAUUGAAACUUUUGAAAGUUUUGGCGCUGUGGGCUAUAUUUCGAAGGAAGAAAGUGGCAAAACCACCUCUGAGUAUUUAUUGCCAUGAAAUUAUUGGGUUGCCAUAAGCUGACAGCCAACUUGAAGGCAUGCACAUGCUUACACAUGGUUUGAACAUCUCUUAAGUUCUGAAUAUCGAUUAAUGUUAACCUAUCUCUUUUUAUUCAUCUCUCUGUGUAGACAGUGAUGUGACUCACUUAAAUUCUACUCAUCUCAUGUUAUGGAAAUACUUCCAAGAUCUAAAUUGGAACAGUUCUGUAUUUUCUUAUAGCUCUGAAAUUCAAUUUGGAAUAAUAAUCACUUUGUAGCAGAGAUGUUUCAUGGAGUUUUAUGCACUUGUACAGAACACUUUUAUUAAUAAAAUUUUGCAUUUUUCAUGUUGAAAUGUAAAUGCAACACGUGAAGUAAUCAGAUUUGUCAACACAGAUCAUGAAAAUAGUUUUAAAUAAUUAUAAAUGUUCCAAAGGUGUAAAAUUUGUAAUAAAGAUUUUGUAAAGUG